AUGACUGCGAGCAAGCGAGGAGAUGUGCUAAGCGAGAAAGUCGCCAGACUCCGAGAAAGGCUGCAGACUUGGAACGAGCCAGUGCGACAUGAGAGGCUGCUGUCUGUGCAGGAGUCAGGAAGAGUGUUCUCCUCACAGGGAGCAAGGAUUUCAGAGCUUCUCUGGCAAGCCAAGACUCUAGACAAGAAGGUGGUGGAUCGGAUCAUUGUGAAGCAGCUCGCCUAUCAUCUCGCCAAUGAUAUCACAGACCAACAACCGACAGACACCACGUCGCGAACUGAUCGAGGACGAUUAUCGCAGACAGCCAUGCGACUGCGAGUGAGACUUGGAGCAGAAGAAUUUCAUCAGAGGAUGAAAGAUAAUUCUCAUUGCACCACAUAUGACUUUAUAGACUUCAUCUCGAAAGAGAUGUCCUCCAACCGUCAAAUCCUGGGUGGUUCACCCAUGUAUCAGAGCAAAUCACUUGGUAUUGCUGAUGCGACGAGCGAGUCAGCUCUGCGGCAUCAAAUCGAGGAAUCGAGGAGAUUACGCACAAGAAGCGAGCGAGUUUUAAAGUAG